AUGCUUAAAUUUUUUGUUUAUAAGGUUUCCUUAAUAAUACCCCGAAGAACGGUGGUGAUCUCUAAUAAUUGGUUUUUCCAACCCGCAAGAAGUCAAGAAUGCAUAAGGCCGAGGGCAUUGUUUCUGUUGUCGACGUUCGAAUGUUAUCCACCACUACUUCCGACCUUUUCGAUAAAGCGUUCAGUGCACAAGAAGGUUUUCGGAGGCGUACCUCAUUACAACUACACAACGGAUUCUAAAAGUGAUAUCAAUAAUUCGGCAGAAACUAUUCAAGAAAAUCAGUUGGGUGUCGCCAAACACGUGGAUAAAGGGAAUCUACCGAGGAAACUCUAUGAAAAUUUUCGGGAAUCAAUUAAGGGAGGCGACGCCAACGUGGUUACUUGUUCCUACCAGCAACUGCACAAUUCGGAAGAAAGGGUGCAUCUGACGCUCGAGGAUUACGGUGAAGCCAUAUCCAUCUUACAAAGAUCAACAUUUGAUGGAACUCUGGACCUCUUGUAUCGCAUGAUGGAAGACAUGCGAAGACUGGGUUUACAGCCGGGGCAUCGAGAAUACCACGCGCUUAUAUAUGCCUGUGGAUUACACGGAAGACCAUCGGAUUCUUGGAGGAUACUGGACAUGAUGAGGGAUGACGGUAUAACGCAUUCCGAUCUUACCUAUAACACGCUGAUUGAGGUGUUCAAGAGAACGCUAGACUUGGAGAGUGCCUUACAAGCACAUCGGAGGAUGCAGACAAACGGAGUGAAUCCUAACUCCACAAUAUAUAAUUCAUUAAUUGAUCUAUGUUGCAAAAAAGGUGAUACUGAGAAUGCCGGGAAACUUUAUCGUGAAAUGAUUGAAGUUGACGUGUCACCCGAUGUAACAACGUUCGAUAUCUUGUUAAAUGGUUAUAAUGAUAGUGGAAAUAUUGAAAAGGUCAAGGAAUUUCGUCAGGAGAUCAUGAACAGUAAGGGCAUCAAACUAUAUGAUGAUGAGUCGACGGAUAUGAAAAACAUUCUUAACUUGUUAUUAGAAGUGGAUCUCAAGCAUGGAAAUAUGGAAGGUGUUAUGGAAUCAUUUCGGCGGAUGCUAGACGGCGGAAUGAAACCGAAUUCCACAAUUCAGAGUGCAAUCAUAAGAGGACUGGUAAAGUCGGGAAAUAUUGAUAAGGCAGUAGAAUUAUUUCAGCAUUUGCCGAUCAGAGAAAGUUCAACCGAGCAAAACUUUCGAACGCUUAAAAACUUCUUUCAUGAGUUUCGAGACGAAUUGAUCUUGGCUCGAGGAUUUUUACAAGAAUUGAUCGGUCGAAACUUGACGAUUGGUGACAACGUGUACAAUGCUCUCAUUAGUAUACACAUUGAAAAGCUCGAUAUCGACGGAGCAAUAGAAACUUACAAUGUCCUUAUUAACCAAGGAGGAACGAUAAAUGUGAUCACAUUCACCAAUUUAACAAAGACAAUGAUUUUAUCCGGCAGAGAAAACGACGCGAUACAAUUUUAUUAUGAAGUCAAGCAAACCGGGGUAGAAUUGGAUGUUCAAGGAUACACGACGUUGAUUGAUUCCUUCGUUAAGAUGCGAAGAAUUGCCGAAGCACAGAGGCUAUUCUCUGAUAUGCUGAGAUCCAAGGUGAAGCCUAACGUCAAGACCUAUACCGUUCUUAUCACCGGGCUAGGACAACAGUAUGAUUACGAAGGAGUGAAGAAUAUACAUAGCAUAGUUAAAAUGGAUCUCAAUGUCGAUAUGGAUGUAGGAAUUUAUAAUGCUCUGAUGGAUGCCUACAAUCGAUGCGGCCAUGUACUUCAGGUUCUGGCAAUCUGGGAUUUCUUAAUCGCUAGUGAACAGUCGAUCAACGACUCCACAGUUUCGAUAGUUCUCGACUCUUGUGGUUACGGGAGGGAGAUUCGAAGACUCGUUCGAAUUUGGAAUGAUCUUCGGGCCAAAAAAUUUCCCUUAACUCUCAACAACUACAAUUCACUCAUCGAGGCUUUGGCUCGUAAUCAACUUUUCGAAGAAGCAAAAUAUAUUUUGUUCAAUGAGUUGAUAUCAGAAGGGUUUACCCCGGAAGUAAAAACAAUAAGGCCAUUGCUAAACUUUUUACACGACAUUCCCGGCAAAAGUAGAGAUGAGUAUCAAGUAAUCGAAUGGGUUAGAACCCGUUAUCCGAGAUUAGCCAAAGAAAUGAAAUUUACUAAUUACAAAAAGUAG